AUGCUAAUGGAUCUCGCAGCAGAGUUUGUGAAACAACUCAACUCUGCAAUAGGGCAGUUAGACACACAAAAUGAGAAUCAUGCUGGUCCGAUAGAGAAAUUGGCCGACAAAAUAUCCAAAACAAUGAAGAGAUGUGAGGCUUCUGAGGAUUUUAUAAAUAUGCUAAUUUCAAAGAUAGAAGACAGCCUCAAAGAAUGCAGGGAUGUAGUAUAUGUCAGAAAGGAUGGGAACAUAUGUGCUAUUGUAUCAAGAGACAUUGUUAAGCCCAAUAUCAACACGACCAGCAAGCUAAAUAUUGAAUGCACCUGUCUUUUUGCACCGUUUGAAAAAUUUGAAGAAAAUAAAGGCUAUAUCAUCAUAGACUCAGAAGAAAGUCUGAGAAAGUUGGACAGCAUGCUUGAAAAUGUGAUUCUGGGAGUUUUUGACCAUGACUAUAGAAGCUUCGAAGGCUUUUCAUGUUUCAUUGGAUUGUACGUGCCAAAUGGAUAUAUCUACAUAAUAGACACAGUCAAGUUUAGAGAUAUUAUACCCCAGCUGAGACUAUUGACAUGUGGCGUCAAGAAAAUCAUAUGCUCUCAAAGAGAUGUGGAUAGGCUUGUAAAAGAUUUUGGGUCAAUUGGCUGCUAUCAAAACUUCAAUGUACCAGACUCCAACGUGUAUAUUGACUGGAGAAUACGGCCACUAAACGAGGUUCUCUGUUGUAUUAUUUGUAGUGAACUGAUAAACGCAGUUGAAAAACACAAUCUUGGCAUGGCGCAUGAAAGGCAUCAGAUGCAGCCGACAAACGAAAUGAAUGAUUUUAUGAACUUCUAUGGUGUCCAUGCAUCAUUCAGAAACGUGGCAGAGGACCUUAUGAAGCUUAGAGUGUAUCUGGCAAAGAAAAACGAUGAAAGCCUGCAAUAUGUUAUGACAGACAUCCAACUAUAUCAGUUAAUUUUAAAUAUGCCUAGCAACGUUGAUGAGUUUGAAUUUUUGCUAAAUAGAAUGUCGUCUAUUCUAAGGCUUCAUGUUGGCGAUGUUCUUCUCAUACUAAACCAGAAGUCCAGAAUGUUUUCGCUUGAAAGCCUUAAGUCAAAGAAUACAGAGAGCUGUGAAGUGCUAAGCACCUCCAGAGGCAAUCUACUAGAGGAUCGGCAUUGCUUGUUUGAUAGCGACCGGGAAGAAGCCUGUGUGGAUGAAGAUGGGACUUUAUUUGAAAUUUCUGAUUAG